AUGUCUUCCUACGCCGACUCCUGGCUCAAGUUUGAAGAGUCUCUGGGUGGCGUUCGCCCCGUCCUAAAGGGCUCCGCGGAAGAAAUGAGAGAUCAAUUCAUAGGCCUCGGGUCUCUCCUUGCAUCUCAAGCUCCUCCCUUUCCAGAAAACAAGUUGAAGAUCAGUGAUGGAGAAGUAGGUGGCGUGGCAUAUCGGACCUACACGCCUCUCAACUCCGAAGCCAAGAACUUGCCCAUUGGUGUUUUCUUUCACUCUGGCGGUUUUGUUGUAGGGAACCUUGACUCUGAGGAUGGCUUCUGUCGGUAUAUCGCACUGAAUGCCAAUGUGGUUAUUUUGAGCGUUGAUUAUCGGUUAUCUCCUGAACACAAGGCCCCGGCACAUUUAGAGAACGCAGUGACACUUUACGAAUGGGCCUUCAACCACGCCGAAAUCGUUGGCGGCAAUCACUCUAAUAUGUUUACCAUCGGCACAUCAGCUGGCGGCGCCCUUGCCCUCGCAGUUGCUCGAAAGGUAGUCCUUGGUGAAACCAAUCUGCCCACGGAUGCUAUCACUGGAGUUGUUGCACUAUGCCCAGUAGCAUUCCACCCACGAAACGUCCCAGCAAAGUUCCAGUCGAAGCACUCGUCCUACAAGGAUAACAAAGACAACGUACCUAUAAUCGAUGAGGAAUCACUUCUGCAGAUGUUUGAUAACACGGGCAUUGAUCCCGAAGACAAGAACUACUUCCCAAUGAUGGAUUAUAGCUGUUUGAAGGCUUUCCCUCGAACAUAUAUCGUGACCUGCGGUAUGGAUCCAUUGCGAGAUGAUGGGAGGAUCCUCCAUGACAGCCUGUCCUCGGCUGGCGUGCCUACCAAGAGCGAUCAUUAUGGAGAUAUGCCUCAUUGUUUCUGGAUAGUCCCAUCUCUACCUGAGACAGAGGUGUUCUUGAAAGAGCUGAUAACCGGGAUCAGCUGGGCCAUUAAAACUAGCACUUAG